CCUGGUCCUUCUGCGGGAAGGGAAAAAGCUGCUAUUCUAUCAGGAAACACAAGGGGGUGGAUAUAUUGACUACUCAGCUACUUGUUUAUGUAUAGUGAGGCUCCUGUUACUGUGAAGAUCACAUACAAUACAGAUCACUGCGUUUGCCAGUAAAGUAGAUACAUUAUAAUAAUAUCUGACAAAUUCAGUUGCUGAACAAGACAAUGUCUGACAAGACCGAGAACCAAACCUCAGAGCUUCCUGAUGCACACGGAGGCCGUACUGAUGUGACAUCUACAGAUGGCUUAGCGGUUGAACACAGAGGAGAACUGUAUGUACAUGAUCAGGUGAAGACUGAGGAGAAUGAAGUAGCUAUAAAUACGGCUACAGGCCGUACUGAUGUGACGCCUACAGAUGGCUCAGCAGUUGAGCACGGAGUAGAACCGAAUGUGUGUGAUCAGGUGAAGACUGAGGAGGAUAAAGUUCCUAUAAAUACGGCUACAGAUGAAGAUAACGCUGAUAUAGUGAAAGUUGAGAUAACAGAAGAUCUGUGUGUGAGGCGUCAGGUGGAAGCUCCAGAUUAUGAAACCAGUGACCGUAUCAGCUCAGGUCGUAUGGAUGUUGCAUCUUCAGAUGGCUCAGCAGUUAAGCACAGAGGAGAAUCGUAUGUGUGUGAUCAAAUGAAGACUGAGGGGGAUGAAGUUCCUAUAAAUGCAGCUACAGGUAUAUUUACAAACUGCAGUAAUCCUAAUCAUGACCAGAGUGCUGAUACUUCUUUUAAUCUUCUUCAAAAUAAGAGAAGCCACAUGGGAUACUUAUGUUCUGAAUCUGGAAAAUCUUUUACCUUGAAAUCAGCUCUUGGUAAUCGUGUGAAAAUUCAUACAGAAAAGAAAGUAUUUUCAUGUUCUCACUGUGGGAAAUGUUUUACUCUGAAAUCACAUUUUAUUACGCAUCAGAAAAUUCAUACAGGGGAGAAAGCAUUUUCAUGUUCUGACUGUGGGAAAUUUUUUACUCGGAAAUCAAAUCUUAUUAAUCAUCAGAAAAUUCAUAUAGGAGAGAAAGCUUUUUCAUGUUCUGACUGCGGCAAAUGUUUUAUUCGGAAAUCAAAUCUUAUAGAUCAUCAGAAAAUUCAUAUAGAAGAGAAAGCAUUUUCAUGUUCUGACUGUGGCAAAUGUUUUAAUGUGAAAUCAAAUCUCAUAAAGCAUCAGAAAAUUCAUAUAGGAGAGAAAGCAUUUUCAUGUUCUGAGUGUGGCAAAUGUUUUACUCUAAAAUCAUAUCUCAUUAAGCAUCAGAUAAUUCAUACAGGGAAGAAAGCAUUUUCGUGUUCUGACUGUGAGAAAUGUUUUACUGAGAAAUCCCAUCUUAAUAGGCAUCAGAAAAUUCAUACAGGGGAGAAAGCAUUUUCAUGUUCUGACUGUGAGAAAUGUUUUACUGAGAAAUCCCAUCUUAAUAGGCAUCAGAAAAUUCAUACAGGGGAGAAAGCAUUUUCAUGUUCUGACUGUGGGAAAUGUUUUACUCAGAAAUCAGAACUUAUUAGGCAUCAGAAACUUCAUACAGGAGAGAAAGCAUUUUCAUGUUCUGUGUGUGGCAAAUGUUUUACUCUAAAAUCAUAUCUCAUUAAGCAUCAGAUAAUUCAUACAGGGAAGAAAGCAUUUUCAUGUUCUGACUGUGAGAAAUGUUUUACUGAGAAAUCCCAUCUUAUUAGGCAUCAGAAAAUUCAUACAGGGGAGAAAGCAUUUUCAUGUUCUGACUGCGGGAAAUGUUUUACUCAGAAAUCACAUCUUAAUAGACAUCAAAAACUUCAUACAGGGGAGAAAGCAUUUUCAUGUUCACACUGUGGGAAAUGUUUUACUCUGAAAUCACAUCUUAAUAGACAUCAAAAACUUCAUACAGGAGAGAAAGAAUUUUCAUGUUCUGACUGUGGGAAAUGUUUUACUAGGAAAUUAUAUCUUAUUACUCAUCUGAAAAUUCAUAUUAAAGGAAAUAUGUGAAAUCAGCACUUAAGAGUAUGACACAGUUGUCAUCUGCACAAUGUCUAUAGUACUUAUAACUACAUGUCGUCCUCUGUGGUACCCACUUUUGGGACAGUUUGAGGCCCUUCAGUACCUCAAGCGCUUAUAAGAUGGCUCUGGGGAUUAGGUUUCCAUAGCCAAGUGAUCAUAUGGCACACAAAAAAAUGUGUUUUAUUUCAGUAAAGGUUCAUAUAAGGGGGGCCAUAUGUGUAGAUCAAAGUUAGAUAAAAAAAUAUCAAAAGGCCCUUAUUUAUAUGUUGAUAAAUCCAACUUUGAAAUGUAGGUACUGUUUGAGGACAUUAUAGUAAGCUGAUCACUGAGGUGACAAUAUUUCCCUAGCUGGAAUUUAAAUUGACCAGGUGUAUACGUUAACAUCGGCUAAAUAAAAUGCAUUGUGCUGAAAUAUAACAAAAAUUAAAAAAAUAUAUAUUUUGAUUUUCAAAUACUAAUUUUUAUUGGCAAACUCUAAAUUAUUCUCCAUUUCUUCUUAUUUUACAAUGGUUACCUAAUACAGUCACAUUGUAUUGUUUACAACUGUGUUUAUUAAAAUUGUAAUAAAAAUAUAAUUUUUUCA